AAUGAGUGGUUUUUGCGGGUUUAGGGAUGGAGAAUUUCUCUACAUAAACAAGAAGGUUUGGAUUGGAAGUCUGCUAAAAAAAAUGUUACAGCUGACCACAGGGUUGUAAAUCCAGACUGGAAGGAGAAGAAGAGAAACAUUGCAAGCGAGUGAAGUGUGUGUGGCUGCAAUGUUUGUGGGUUAGAUGAGAAACAAGCGCUGAGUGAAACCGAGAAGGGGGGUGGCUGGUGUGAUUUGUUUGGUGUGCGGAGCCAAUAGAAAUCCCAGACUGCGAUAAUAUCCCGGUGCAGCGCCGCGCGGAGUCAGAGCCGAGUCUGGGGCCGGUGCACGCCUGCGAGCCGCGGCCCAGGGCGCACCGCGGAGCCGGCUCGCCGCCGCCCCCAGCCCGCGCGCCUCCGCACGCGCGGCCGCGGUGGUCCGGCCGCGGGCCCCCGAAGGCGGCCGAGGGAGAGCCGGCGCACAGUCCGCCGUGGACUCUAUAGCUCAGAGGAGAGGGACCCGAGGAGGAGGCUUCCAUCACGUCAUUGCAGCGUAUGGCCAACGUGGACUAAGCUCAUGAGUGAAACAGCACUGGAUCGCUUCGCUGUGGUUGAAGAAAGGGAGAGAAGGGAGAGCGAGACUUCUCAAUGUGAUGAUUACUUUGCAAUAAAGGAAUCCCAUGACUGAAGGGGAAAUCUCUUUGAAGGCACUUCCCUGUUUGAGAGGCAAAGCAGGGAUGUUCUGGAAGCUCUCCCUGUCCUUGUGCCUGGUGGCCGUGCUGGUGAAGGUGGCGGAGGCCCGCAAGAACCGGCCUGCGGGCGCCAUCCCCUCGCCCUACAAGGACGGCAGCAGCAACCACUCGGAGCGAUGGCAGCACCAGAUCAAGGAGGUGCUGGCCUCCAGCCAGGAGGCCCUGGUGGUCACCGAGCGCAAGUACCUCAAGAGUGACUGGUGCAAGACGCAGCCGCUGCGGCAGACGGUGAGCGAGGAGGGCUGCCGCAGCCGCACCAUCCUCAACCGCUUCUGCUAUGGCCAGUGCAACUCCUUCUACAUCCCGCGCCACGUCCGCAAGGAGGAGGAGUCCUUCCAGUCGUGCGCCUUCUGCAAGCCCCAGCGCGUCACCUCCGUCCUCGUGGAGCUCGAAUGCCCUGGGAUGGACCCUCCCUUCCGACUCAAGAAGAUCCAGAAGGUGAAGCAGUGCCGGUGCAUGUCCGUGAACCUGAGCGACUCGGACAAGCAGUGAAGCCCCCGCGGCGGGACGCAACUCGCUCUGCGCGCCGCCGCCGCCGCCGCCGCCGCCGCCGCCGCCGCCGCCGCCGCCGUCCCCGUCCUCUGAGCCCACGCACGCGCUGCCCGGUGGCCCCCUCCGUCGCAAGCACGUUUCCCGGGGCCGACGGCGCCCUUGUCUCACGCGCGCGCCGCAGGGGGAGCUUCGCUGCUGUGUUCCCGGCCGACCGCGGGCCCCUCCUGGGCGUCCCCAACAGGCUGCGUUUCAGGCCUGCGGGCCGCGGCUGGAAACCCACUACCCCCCAGCCAGCGGUCGGAGAGGGGGCCUUUCUGGGGCUGCGCUGCCGAUGGGGCAUUGAUGUUUCCACCGUGUGGAAAAGCGAGUCUUUCCCGGGCCUCACCCUCCACUCCAGCUCCCCUUUUCCCAGGAAGUGAAGGAUGCGGCCCUCACCCCUCUCCCGCUGGGCCCGGGGCCCUCCGGCUGCGAGGUUCCCCGGUGAAGGGAGGGCUGCCCUCGCGCUGCUGUGAUGCGGAUCCGGACAAUGUCCGUGCACAGGGAGGUUCUCCUAACAAACCCGAUAGCCGAGAAGACGACUUGAGCCACUGGGAUCAUGAAAUGGGCUUCCCUGGGGACCUUGCUCACAGCAGGCCACACUCUCCCCCACCCCCAGCCACCACCACCUUUUCUUGCCCACGUCCCCCACCUCCCUCCCCCGCCCACCUCCGUGGACUCAGAUGAACUCUGGUGUGCAUGCUAUUAUCGCUGCAAUUAGAAUAUUAUUACACACAAAGGUCUCCAUAUUAACGCUGGUUUUGUAAUUGACCUGUAUUGUAAAGAGCUGUUCAAAAGCACUAUAGACCUAUCCAUGUAUUGUUUCACGAGUUUGGACUCUGGCUUUGCAGCACCAUUCUGAGUAAGGCUCACAGCGGGGUUCACUCAGUAAUAAUGCCUGAUCAGCAGUUCACUGUCAUGCACCUAUUCUUAGAUUGGGCAGGGAGAAGGCAGGUGAUUUUACAUUGUGAUUUUACAAUGAAUAAUACUUCACUGAAGGUACUGAAGCACUGCAGCACAAGGUAGGAAGUGGGUUGGGAUGGAUGGGUGUAGGGAGGGGACUCACUAGGAAGUCGUCAACAGGGAACUCAAAAGCCCUGUGAUGUUUAAUAUGCAUAUGUGGUGUGAGAAGGUCUACUAUUUUACUACCAUGACACUAAACAAAACAAAACAAAAAAUUCCUGGUAAAAGAGAGAAAUAUUUAAAUAUAUAAGGAGUCAGGUCACUUUGUGGUGUAGGAGAAAGUAAAAGAUAAAAUAUAUAGAAUAGAAAUCUAGUUAAGCUACAGAAGCUUCCUUUUCAAAGAAUGGACUUUUUUUUUUAAAGGAUGAUCAAACAUCAGCUCACCUUUUAUUUUUAUAAGGAAUCAAUAAGGUUUUCAUGUUGCGGUCUCUUGGCAGAACAAAGCUGACAUAAUUUAUUUUCUUGCAAAAUUAUACUUAGUUUCAGUCCCUUUGCUAAAUUGCCCCACAGAGGCUUCCCUGUGAGUAAUGUUUAUGGAAUCUGAUAAAUGUGAAUGAGAUGUUGGUGGGAAUCAGCAUACUUUGAAAACCUUUCAUUGGUAAUUUCUGAGCACCGAGUCUCAAGUACUGCUGCAAGGGCACUCAGAAAGGCCCAUUUCCAGGUUUGUGGGACCCUCUACAAACUGCUUGGGGGACUGAGGCUUCCUGAAGUUAGACAGUGAUGGGGGCGGGUCUAGGUGCAUUCACCUGGAGAUCAAGGCGUGGUGUGUCCCUGACUCCAUUUCCUGCUUCUGCACUGCAGGUUUCAUGUCUGUCUCUUCUGUAACUCCAUGAGCCCUGAGCAGAAUGUGCUGUUGUAAAAAGGGGUAUUCGUUUUAGAAAUGGGUAUAUACAGCCCUGAAUCAGGAGCAGAACUCAACAGAAAUCCUUGAAGGCUGGAACCUUGGGAUGGAAAGAAAGAGUGGAGAGUGUGUCCAAGUUCAGAAAUUAUUUUUGCAUUGAAUAGAAAACCUCAAGUCAGACUCAGUGCAGAACACACAGCGAAAAGCUGUGAAGGAAGGAGGUUCACAUGACCCUAACAGAGGCCAAUGGAGUAGAGUAGGGUGGGAGCGGAUGGGAGUCUCUGGCUGACUGCAAAGCCAACCCUGUCAUUUUAUUAACACAUAACCCACACAGAUAGAGGAAGGAUUAAGCUAUGAACUCACAGAAUACAAACAUGAGCGCACUCUCUUUGAACCCAAUUGUGGGUGUAGCAAUAGAAGCAAUAUGAUAUGCUGCAGUGUGAAGCUCCUUCUGGGGGUUCUUAUAUGUACAAAGUUUACCUUAUAAUGGCUCAAAUUGUAUUUAAUUGUUUUUUUUGUCUGUUUAUAAAUGAAGAAAAGCUAUAAGUAUAAUGUAAUUAUUUUAUAGGUGUACUAUUAAAUUAUAGAACAAAUAAAGAUACUCUAGGAUUAUAUGUGA